AUGAGAGUAUGGAUGAAAGAUGACUUCCCUACACGGGAGAAAAGUUACAAAAGGAUGCACACACCAUUACUACUAUUGGUUGCUUCAGUCCUUUUGCUCCCCGUGUGCAGUAAUGGCUCAUCUUCCCAACCUGCAGGAGUUGAGAAGCGGAGGGUGGAAUUAUUCAAACCGUGGAAUAGAGAAAGUUUGUUGUCGCACAGUGACUCGAGUCAUGAUGUGAAACACGGUUUAUUCGAAGGUAAUUCACUCGUGGCGGUGGGUGGGAGUGUUGUUGCCCUCGCUGAAGCACGAUAUAACGCGUGGACUGCCGGAUACGCCGGAGUGUGGCUAAAGACUAUUGCACUUGGCGAGACUCACCAGAGCGCACAGGCGGCGGGUUGGAUGUCAGAGAAAAAAUGGAAGACUGAGAAUGUUUUCGUGAAUGAGCCGGUGGCCGAUCAUCGCUACGCUCAAUACGGCCCCAGGGCAAUAGUACUGAAGGAUAAGAUUUUCCUUCUUUCACUCAGCAGCAACAAGGCGAAGGAUGUAGAACCUCAAGAGGGUGCGUUCGACUUGGAGGUGAAGCUUUUCGUGGGCACUAUCGGCGGCCGCGGUGCGGAAGAUGGCAAGGUUGUGAAGUGGAAUAAGCCUUCAUCGCUGACUGAUACGUUCAAGAGGCCGCUAUUGGAGCACUCAUGGAAGGAAUUCUUCGAGAGUGGUGGAAAGGGUGCUGUUGUGGGCGACACCAUACUUUUCCCUCUCGUCGCGUCCGCUGAGAGUGGGGCUAAGACAUGCGUUAUUGCGCGUUAUAAGCACGAGAGUGAGUCAUGGAGCUUCACCCCGGCUAAACUGGACAUCGACGAUUGCACGGAGCCCAGCCUGCUUGUGUGGAAGAAGGAAUUGCUGCUUGUAGUUGCACACCAGACGAAAAACAAGAUGUAUCGAUCCGUAGACGUGGGGAUGACGUGGACUGACGCUACGGAGGGUGAAAGGCACGCACUGUCCAAUUUCCAGUAUCACUCCGAUGACGACGACCGAGGUGACUUCGUGAACAUGAAGGUGGAUGGGUCGGAUGUGAUCCUAUUUGCUUACCGCGCCUUCUUCAAUUCAGGGAAUGCGGGAUUGAGGCCGCUCCUCCUUUGGGUGACGGAUAGCAAGCGGACGCAUUGCCUCGGGGCGAUUUCCUCUGGUCAUUUAUCCAUGUUAUCUUUUAGCGCCCUCCUGCACACUGAGAGUGGGCUGUACUCCCUGCAUGAGGAGGGUUUCAGCCAGUUGAAAAGCAUUUUCUUUACCGACCUCACCGACCGUGUGCAUGAACUGAAGGCAGUGGUGGGUUUGUGGAGGAAGGUGGACGGGAGUGUGAUGGCGCUUUAUGGCACUACGGGCGAGGAGAGCACGUCAGCGCCAAAGUUUGACCCAACGGUGGGCCUCGUUGGGUUUUGGUCUGAAGUGGCCAACCGCACGCAUUGGCGUGACGGAUACCUUGGCAUGGAUGGUGCGCUACAAGGCCCUGUAAAGAGGGUCACCACCGGUUUCACUUUGGGCACACGCGCCGCACAUGUUGUAUUUCCCGUAUCUGGCAAAAAUGAGAAUAAAGUGUACCAUUUGAUUGACAACGGGCUGACAGUCGUGAUGAGCGUGGCCGUCCAUAAGGCACCAAAGAACCCCACUCCACUUCUUGGAGUGGGCGUGAGGAACAAAUCCGGCUUAAUUGCAGACGUGGGUAUCUGGUACGACGAAAAGGCGUGGACCCAAUUGAGUGGUACGACAGCUGGCGCCAAAACACUCGCUCUGGAAGAGGGGAAAACCUACCAGGUUGUCUUGACCGUGCGAGGCGGCGUUGCCCAUACGUACAUUGACGGGAAUCGUGUAGGGGAUGGUCAGGGCAGUAUUGUGCCGUUGUCGCAGUCGGCAGAGAUACACGAGAUAUAUGUUGGAGCCAACGAGCGAGUGAUCGGAAAGGGUGAGGCAACUGGCGACCUGAGUGUUACCGUAUUCAACAUGCUUUUGUACAGCCAUGAGCUAAGCGUAGCUGAUGUGAAGGCGCUACUUGCAGUAAAGCACAGAAGUACAUUUGAUGCUGUCUUGGAAGACGAGGAUGAGGAUAAUGGAGAUCAUGGGGAUGGUCAAGGCGGUAAAUCGGGUGGUCGCAACCUGGCAUGGAUUGCGGCUGUAGUGGUCCCAGCGUUACUUAUCGUGCUUGGUUUGGUUGGGUUCUUCGUAUUGCGGCAGCGGAGGGCAGCCCAAAACGCUGCCAUGCGACCGGGUGCGGGAUUACCACAGAUGCCGGCGGGAUAUAACCCAUACACUGUGGAUAUCACUGAUGACACACUGGAUGUAAGGAAAUGA